GGCUGUCUCUGUGUCUCUCUCGCUCGCUCGCUCCCCCUUGCUUUCCGAGAUGGCGGCGGUGAAGGCGCUGAACCCCAAGGCGGAGGUGGCGCGGGCCCAAGCGGCGCUGGCCGUCAACAUCAGCGCGGCGCGGGGGCUGCAGGACGUGCUCAGGACUAACCUCGGCCCCAAAGGCACCAUGAAGAUGCUUGUGUCUGGGGCUGGAGAUAUCAAGCUUACCAAGGACGGGAAUGUCCUGCUGCAUGAGAUGCAAAUCCAGCACCCAACAGCCUCCCUGAUUGCCAAAGUGGCAACGGCGCAGGAUGAUAUCACAGGUGACGGGACCACUUCCAACGUCCUCAUAAUUGGGGAGCUGCUAAAGCAGGCAGAUCUAUACAUUUCGGAGGGCUUGCAUCCACGACUUAUUACAGAAGGGUUUGAAGCUGCGAAGGAGCAGGCGCUUCAGGUGCUGGAUCAAGUCAAAGUGACGAAGGAGAUGGACAGGGAGACUCUCCUGGACGUCGCCAGAACCUCCCUUCGUACAAAGGUGCACGCCGAACUCGCAGAUAUCUUGACAGAGGCUGUCGUGGACGCCAUUCUGGCCAUCCGCAAACCGAGCGAGCCCAUCGAUCUGUACAUGGUGGAGAUUAUGGAGAUGAAGCACAAAUCGGAGACAGGCACGACGCUGAUCAGAGGCCUCGUCUUGGAUCACGGUGCCCGCCAUCCUGACAUGAAGAAGAGGAUCGAAGAUGCUUACAUCCUGACGUGCAACGUCUCUCUAGAAUAUGAAAAAACGGAGGUGAAUUCUGGGUUCUUCUACAAGAGCGCCGAAGAGCGGGAGAAGCUGGUCAAAGCCGAGAGGAAGUUCAUUGAAGAAAGGGUGAACAAAAUUAUUGAGCUGAAGAACAAGCUUGUGAAGGACACCAAUAAAGGGUUCAUCGUGAUCAACCAGAAGGGGAUCGACCCUUUUUCCCUGGACGCCCUUGCCAAAGAAGGGAUUGUCGCUUUACGCAGAGCAAAGCGGAGGAAUAUGGAGAGGCUGACCCUAGCUUGCGGCGGGGUUGCGAUGAACUCCGUGGAGGACCUCUCCGUGGACUGCCUGGGCCAUGCCGGCCUUGUCUAUGAGUACACGCUGGGCGAAGAGAAAUUAACCUUCAUCGAAAAGUGUGACAAUCCUCGCUCCAUGACUCUGCUGAUCAAAGGGCCCAACAAGCAUACCCUGACCCAGAUCAAGGAUGCCGUCCGGGAUGGGCUGCGUGCCGUCAAAAAUGCCAUCGAGGACGGCUGCGUUGUUCCUGGGGCCGGAGCCCUGGAGGUGGCCAUCGCCGACGCCCUCAUGAAACACAAGCCGACCGUGAAAGGGAGAGCCCAGCUGGGGGUCCAGGCUUUUGCUGACGCCCUGCUCAUCAUUCCUAAGGUCCUUGCGCAGAACUCUGGCUACGAUUCUCAAGAAACUCUUGUGAAAGUCCAGGCUGAAUAUGCCGAGUCUGGGCAGUUGGUGGGGGUUGACCUUAACUCUGGUGAGCCAAUGAUGGCGGGAGCCGGCAUUUGGGAUAAUUACUGUGUGAAGAGACAGCUGCUUCAUUCCUGCACCGUAAUAGCGAGCAACAUCCUCCUGGUGGAUGAGAUCAUGAGGGCUGGAAUGUCCUCUCUCAAAGGCUGAGCUAGAAGCCAUCCGAGUGGGAAGUGCCUGGACCCUGUUCCCUUCUGAAUCCACUUCGUGGGAUUCGUCCUGCCGGGAUCUAGGUGGAUUUUUCAGGACAGGAGAAAUUGUCUCUCAGUAGGAACUUGGCCACUCACAACCAGAAUCCCUUCGCUUCUGUGGAAUCAGUUAUUUAUUUUUUAUGUGCACUGAACAAAUGCAUUGAAAGUUACUGUCUUUCUACUCCAAUAAAUAUUUCCGCCAGUC